GCCUCGGUGGUGAUCACCAGCACCGGAAUGUCAGGGUUCGAGAAACCGAUCAGACCGAUCAGACAAUUAUCCUUGCAACCAACUGCACCACAUCGUCAACAAAUUAGACGACAGAGAUCCGCGGAGGAUGAUAAAUCGUUGCAGAUCUGCGCGAGUCCCUUCGCACGUGGCAAGCGUGGAACGAGCGGUAAACCUAGCUCCGAGAGACCUAAGGUUCGCGUUGCUUGGAAAGAAAACCGUCCAAGGAAUGAGGAAGAGCUUGGACAAGUUGAAGUGGUGGCUCGUCAAAUUCGUGGACGAUCCAGAUCGAGCACUGGUAGAUCUAGGGGUUUCGUCGGAAUGGAUAAACCUACGAUUCUUUACUCUAGGUUAGAACUGGCAGAGAGGCUGAGACUUGCUUGGAAACAUCGCGAGAAGAAUAAAGCUAAUAUCAAUAUCUUCCUGGCUCGUGAAACUUUAGACGAGAGAUGCGAGUCUCAAACAUCGACUAAUACUACGAUCACUGCACCAUCGUCUCCUGUACGAAAGAAAGAUGAAAGUGAGACCGAAGUUCCUCUGGUUAACAGUUGUAAAAUAACGCAAGAUGAGGGAAAGGAGAAAGAAAUAGCGGAAGUUAUCACUAAAAAAUCGGUGGAACCUUUACCACGAAACAAUGAUACGGCUGUUCUGAGGAAAAAUAACGACAAGUUAGCACUUGACUUUCUUCAUCCUUCUACCAAGAUGAAACAAACUCUAACGUUGGAAGAAAAUAAGGUUUCUGCUGAUACGAAGAACAAGGAACGAGAGAAGAUUGAAGCAAGGAAGGAGCAACCGAACGAGCAAAUAUCGAAGUGUUCGAGCAUCGACGAGUAUUCUUCUAGUACAAAGAAGAAAUCCUCGAUAGGCACCGAUUGUACCAAUUAUCGCGUUAUGUCUACCACGUUCCCAUCGAUUAAAAUCGAAAAUUCGACCGUGGGAGUUACAAAAGCGACGAAGGAGGAUUUUUCAUCGGCUAAGGAGAAGCGUGCAAAUUUUCAUAGUGGUACCAACCGAGCCUUCCUCGACCCAAAUAGAUCGCCAACAGAGUUCAGAUGGAAUUUAGUGUCGGACAAAAAUGCACCUCAAAAACUGUCGACUGAUAAUCGUGUCACGAUUAUAGAUAAGAAUUCUUUAAAUCGAACGAUCACGGAGACCAAAGAGAACAUCAGCAAUGAGAAAAACGUGUAUGGAGAAAAUGUCCCUGAAUUUCAAUAUAACUCAACAAACGAGAAAAUCGUAGUGCACAAAAUUGCCACAGAUGGUAAAUUAGCGUCUGUAAUUGAUAAAAACGCGAAAAAUAAAACGGUGAUCGAAAAGGGAGAUGCUCUAUCAGAUAACAAAACGUUAACUCAAAAGACAACCGAGGCUAAUCAAUCUAAUUCGACAAUUAAAAGAAUUAUAGCUACGAGUACGAUUGUCGAGAACAAAGAUAAUUCUACGAUCGAUAAAACUGGAUCGUCACAAAACUCAUUGGAAGCAAGAUCUAGCUCGGUGAACGAAAGAAAUUCAACACUGAAGAAGACAGAAAAUCAGAAAAUCGAUCAAAGAUCGAGAAGGACCAGUUCUGCGCCACCACAACGACGUUUGGAAUCAUCUUCGGCUAAUAAUCGCGUUCAUGUUAACAUCGUGCUCGAUUCCUCGGGGAAAAAUAGGACUCAAGAGAAGCAAAAUAUGGAUUAUAAAAGUAACGCGAUAGAGAAAGGGGAUACGGCUGUGACUAAGAUAUCAACGAAUCGAUCGGUGAGAUCGGCACCAUUAAAGAGACGCUCAAAGAGUGCCAAAAGACGUUUUUGGGGCGGUGGUAGCUGCAAAAACGACGAGGACGGGAAAUCACGAAACAAAUCGGGUGGCCGUGCAAGGAACUCGAUCGAUGCCAGAACGAUCGACAUCGUUACAAUGGUAUCUCUUGUCAGCUCUGCGGACAGCGACAGCGAUACCGAGAGUUCUCUUAGGGAUGAUAAGUUAAUCAACGAGUUACGCAGCAAGCUACCGACCACGUCGAUCAUAAAAACAUCGAUUAAUUCAGCUUUGAGUAGCGCGAGGAAGCCUAUCAAGACAGUUUCCUUUCAGAACGAUUCCAUCGACGAGGAUUCACCGAGGGAGCAACAACCCUCGCCAAAGGAGGAGAAAAAAACGACACAACCGUGGCUGGCGAUCGUUAACCAGCGUGGAAACGGUGGUAUUUCGUCGAACGAUGAAACCGUGUCCUGGAGGACGGACGCUGCUGGUUUAGCCCUGCCUGUUCUAGCAUUGAUUCACGACGUCGAGGAGCCGCUCGACGUCCCGUUGACUGAUCGCGAAAAGAGAUGCCUGGCCGUACCUAUUGGUGAUUUACACGAUAAAAAACGGAAGUUACUGAAAACUCGUAGCACGCCAUCACGAUCUGGAAUGGAAAAACAGAUGAUAUCUUCAAAAGCAAAGAUGACGUCAAGAAUGGCCGUGCAGAGAACUGAAAUUCCCGCACAACAAACCAAAAUGCCCAUAAAUAAUUCUCCAACGAAUGUAAAAUCUGUAUUUGUAUCACCUUCAAAGGAAACUCUUCAACAAAUGCAAUCUACACCCGCGGAACCACAGUUUCAUACUAACAAAGAAAAAGAAUGUUGGCACCUCUAUAAAAAAAUGUGUGACAAGGGCGUUUGCGUUUCUUUUGAUACGGUUUUAAGGGGUAUGCUCACACCAACGGAAUAUCGAUUAAGGAAAAAAGAAGCCUCACAAAAUUUGUAACAAACA